AUGGAUCCAUCUACUGCUGCUGCUUCUUCUUCUUCUUCUCGUUAUAUUCGUCCCUCUGUGCCUAUAACAACAUCUCGUCGUUUAUACCCUCCUAAGCCCUCAUCUUCUUCCUCUUCUUCCUCCUCCGCAGCAGGAGCAUCAGGAGGAGCAGCAGGAGCAGCAGCAGCAGGAGCAGCAGCAGGAAGGAGCUUUUUGCUGCCUGAAGGAUUACCAUCACGUAAUGUAAUAGAGCCAUUGGGGUGUAUCCCCUACCUGCAGCAUAAAUCAGCAUUUGCUUAUAAUUAUUCUUUUUUAUUCCCUUUGCCUCCUCUUGCUGCUGCACCUAAAUUAGCUGCAUAUUCAUUACCUCCUUCUUUAUUCCUUAAUCCACAGCAGCAGCAGCAGCAACAGCAGCAGCAGCAGCAGCAGCAGCAGCAGCAACAGCAACAGCAACAGGAGGGAGAGGAGGGGCAGCAGCAGAACAAUCCUCUUAAACGUAAAUCACUGCAGCAAACAGAUACUCUUAAUGCUGAUAAUACUGAAUCUACUGCUGCUGCUGCUGCUGCUGCUGCUGCUGCUCCUGCAGCAGCAGCAGCAACAACAACAACAGCAGCAGCACCAUCUGUAGUAGAUGCAGCAUGGCAGCAGCAGCUGCUGACUUCUUUUGAUUCAAUUGCUCUUCUUCCUUCCUUAGUUAAUCCUCUUGGGUAUCCAAGACUAAUAGGAGAUCCAGCAGCAGCACUCCUAUCCGAUCAGCAGCAGCAGCAGCAGCAGCAGCAGCAACAGCAGCAGCAGCAAUUUGUGCAGCACCAAAUAAGCAAAAUGCAUGCAGAUGAUGUUUAUCUUCUAUCUAAUAUUUUGCCAGAGUUCGCCAAUAAUGCUAAAAAAAUAUGCAGAGGCAGCACAAAUACACCAGAAACAGCAGCAGCAGCGCAGCAGCAGCAGCAGCAGCAGCAAACAGCAGCAGCAGCAGCAGCAGCAAAGGCUGCAGAUUCAAACAAAAAACAAUUCAUACAUCCUACAAGACCACAUCUUAAAGUUAAAAGAGUGCUGCCUGUGGUGCUGCUGCCUAAGACAUCUGAUUCUGAAUUUGUUCAUCUUGGCUUUGAUUUACCCGCUGGAGAAGCAAACAUGUUAAACUUACAGCCUUCCCCUCCUGCUGCUGCUGCUGCUGCUGCUGCUGCUGCUGCUACUGCACACGAGCAGCAGCAGCAAGACCACCAGCACCAGCAGCACCAGCAGCAGCAGCAGCAGCAGCAGCAAGCUCUACCAUGGGCGCUGCUUCUGCCUGGCGAAGGAGGAGGCCCCUACGAUCCAAAUCCAAUUACCUAUGCGCUGUAUCUAAGAGAGAAGGGCAGACCUUCUGCUGCUGCUGCUGCUGCAGCAGCAGCAGCAGCAGGAAAGAAGGAGGGCACAGAAGGAGUUGUCUAUUCCUUCAGGCGCAACUAUUUGUGGCAACAGCCUCCUCCAUCAUCUAGUUCUAACAAUGAGAGGGCUGUCUUGUUGAUUGUACCUCCGGAGACACCUGAAGGUGCAGCAGCAGCAGCAGCAGGAGGAGGAGGUGCAGCAGCAGAUGCAACAGCAGCAAAUGCAUGCAUGCUGCUGCCUCUUGUGGGGCCAAGACGCGUGCUGCUCAAGGCAGGAGCGAGCAGCAAACCUCCAGGGCUUUUUGUUACUGCUGCUGCUCCUGCUGCUGCUAAUAAUGCUGCAGCAGAUGACUUCGAGGGAGGUCUUAAUGCUGCAGCAGCAGCAGCAGACGGGUAUGGCAUAAAGGAGAAGACAGACGAAGAAGAUGCAGGUCUAUUUAGUGAUGAGAAUGACGAUGAAGAUAAAGGGCAUGCAGCAGCAGCAGCAGCAGCAGCAACAACAACAACAGCAGCAGCAGCAGCAACAACAACACCAGCAACAGGGACAGGAGAAGGAGCAGGAGCAGGAGCAGGAGCAGCAGAGCAAGGAGCAGGGGAAGGAGCAGCAGCAACAACAACUAAAGGUAAGGGGAAUAGACGGAGAGACAGCAGCAGCAGCAGCGGUGGCAGCAGCAGCAGCGGCAGCAGCAGCAGCGAAGACGAAGCUUCUUCUAAUUCCUCAUAA